AUGACCACGUCUGACCAGGAUCAGCUGGAUCGGUUAUUUCAAACUUACGAUCUGGAUGGAUCAGGAUACCUGGACCAAGAGGAGCUGGCCUCCAUGUGUAGCGGUCUGACCGUUAGUGACCUCAAUGACGUUUUUAAACAGCUGGACAAGGAUCAGGAUGGCAGGAUUAGCAUAGAGGAGUUCGCUAAAGGAUACAGAGAAAUCGUCAUGGCCAAAGAAACCAGGAAAAGACAGUUGUUUCGGCAAAAGCUUGCUAGUGCUAAGUCUGAGGACAAUUUGAUUGACAGAGAGGAUGGGACGAACCAAGCUGACGAGUACACAAAUAGCCUGGACGAAGGACUUCGGGCGUUGUCUUGCCAGGAGGAAGUCUGUGAGCUGUAUCAAAACCUGCAUGGUGUGGACAAGCCAGAACUUGUGACUCAGUUCGAGAACAUCCUCCUGAAUGUCAUCAACGAUGUCCGCCAGUACCAGCUGGAGAAUGAGAGGCUGGAGAGAACUUACAAGAGAGAGAAAGAAGAGCAUCAAAAGCACUUGCGGAGACUUGAAGAGGAGAUGGAGCACCAGGUGCAAAGUGUGGAGGAAAAAGUUCGGCAGCAGGAGAAAGAGAAGUUGAAGCAAGAGAAGAUAGAACUGAGGAAGCAACUAGACUCAGAAAUCGCCAUGUUACAACAGAAUCUGAGGAAACUGCAGCAG